AUGGACAGAAAUAUGCCCAUUCCAAAUCAAGAACAUAUUACCCCAGAGCGCGAGCGUCACUCCCAACGCGAACGUGAUAGAGUCAAUCGACUCCAGAUGACGUCCCCUACCAGGCGCAAUCACCAACAUGCUGCUCAUGAUAGGCCUCCACCUCAUGUACCACAGCCGAAUUUCAUGCCAGAUAAUGAACCACAAGCAGGGCCUGUUCCGCGACCUUUUGCGUGGCAGCCUCCUCCUCACUUUCCAUAUGAACCGCUACCAGUUGGUCAAUAUCCUGGCUUGCCACAUAAUGCCAUUGCGCAUGUACAACGUGCUCAUCAGCACCCUCCUGUUGAUUAUAAUGCACGCCUGAAUGAGCAGAUGAAUGCAGCUCAUAAUGAUAGACGCCGCCAGUGCAACUGUCGUAGGCAACAGGACAGAGAGGAGAUAAGAGAGCAGGCGCAAGCAGAGCUAAUGGCAGCUGGCAUAUAG